AUGGUUCCUCCACCCCUUGUCCCCAGUUUGGAAACUGAUGGGGAUCUUCCAAAGAGGACCAGGCGCUGCUGCUCUCCUCCUGUGCACGGGGUGUACAUCCCCAGGCAGGGCUCAGUGACCUUUGAAGACGUGGCUGUCUACUUCUCUGAGAACGAAUGGACCUGCCUGACCUGCACUCAGAGGGCCCUGUACAGGGACGUGAUGCUGGAGAAUUAUGGGGCUGUGGCUUCCCUGGCAUUUCCAUUUCCCAGACCGGCUCUGAUUUCCCAGCUGGAGCGAGGGGAAGCCCCCUGGUGCUCGGCUCCCCAGGGAGCUCUGGAUGGAGAGGGCUCAAAGGGCAUGUGCUCAGAGGGUGUGUUGAAGAGUGAUGAGAAAGAAGAUUUUAUUCUGAAGGAGGAAAUUUUUGAGGAGCCACAGGACCACAUGGUACCAUCAAGAGGACCCCCGUGGUGUGGGUCCCGGAGAUUCUGGUUUGGAAAAACCUGUAAAGAGGAGAAAUGCAGGUUAGGAAGAUGGUGUGACUACCCCAAUGGGGGAAGUGUGGAGAACAUUACAAAUGAUAUCAUGGAAGUGAUUGCCAAAGAUGAAAUGAUCUCAGUAGAAGAGAGUUCAGAAAAUACUGAUGUUAACACCCACCUGGUUAUACAUCAGAAAAUUCUAAGUGAGCAGGUAUUCUGUAUCUGUGAAGAAUGUGGCAAGUGUUUUGAUCAAACUGAAGACUUGUAUCAACAUCGGAGAAUUCACAAUGGAGAGAAGGUCUAUGGAUGUAAGGAAUGUGGGAAGACUUUCAGUUUUAGAUCACAUUGCAUUGCACAUCAGAUAAUUCAUACAGGUGUAAAACCCUAUGUAUGUCAAAAAUGUGCUAAAGCCUUCAUUUGGAAGUCAAAACUGAUUCGGCACCAGAUAAUACACACAGGAGAGAAACCCUUUGAAUGUAAGGAAUGUGGGAAGGGUUUUAGUCAGAAUGCAAGCCUUCUACAGCAUCAGCGAAUCCACACCGGGGAGAAACCAUAUACAUGUAAGGAGUGUGGGAAAAGCUUUAUUCGGAACCCAGCCCUUCUUCGACAUCAGCGAAUCCACACUGGGGAGAAGCCUUAUGAAUGUAAGGACUGUGGGAAAGGCUUCACGUGGAACUCAGAUCGUGCUCAGCACCAGAAGAUCCACACUGGAGAGAAGCCUCAUGAAUGUACUGACUGUGGGAAAAGCUUCAUUUGCAAGGCAAACCUUAUCCGACAUCAGAGAAUCCAUACUGGGGAAAGACCCUAUAAAUGUAAUGACUGUGGGAAGGCCUUCAAUCAGAAAUCUGUUUUGAUUAAGCACCAGAGGUGCCAUGCUAGAGAAAAAACCUAUAACUGUCAGACCUCCCACCUUCUGGAACAUUAGAGAAUACAUAGUGGUGAUACUUGUUUAUGAUAUUCAUGAUACAGGAACCCCAGAGACAAAAUGAGAUGACUGUUCACAUUUGCUAUGGCUCUAAUAGCCAGUAUUACCUUUCUCCUCCUGAACAGAUAACCUGUACUCUAGCAAGAUUGGUCCCCCUGUUCAACCAUGUUCAUAUUAGGCAACAUUUAGUUGAGCACUUACUCUGUGCUAACCACUAUACAUACAUCCUCUAAUUUUUCUCAAUCUGAUUAAGGUAGAUAUUCAUCCCCAUUUUAUAAAUGAGAAAUCUGAGGUUGAAAGGUUAUAAAACUCAUUUAAGGUUGCUUAGCCUGUGAGGGCAAGAAGGAAGAGAGCAGAGUCAAGAAAACAGAGAAAUGAAGCUGUAUCACUAAUGACAGUAUUAAAAUUGUAUUAUUUUAUGUUAGGGGCAGUGAUUUUUUUCCCCUGAAACUACAUUGUUCUAAAAUGAAUAUUAUUUAUGCAAACCACCCUGGUAUAGCUUCUUUUGAUUUUGCCUUAGCAUACCUACCCCACCAACAAUGUAUCUUGUGAUGAUGCAAUUUCUUGUUAGUAGGAAAUGAGAUCCUAACCCCCUGCUCUUCCAUAUUUAAGUCUUUGGGGCGUGAUCAGAGGAGCUCCUAUAAAGGUCCCAGGUUAUGCAUACCAUCCAGAACUUGAGAUAAAAUAACCUUGAAAAGAUGUGACUUAAGUUGCACACAAGGACCUUGUGGAUCCCGGGGGAAGUGUUGGUCUCAAUAGGAUAUGGCUGAGGUCAGGAUGCUUCCUCUGGACCCAGCCUUCUUGGUAGAGUGGUUGUUUUGUGGAAAACAACGGUUGAGCAUGAAUGUGAGGUAAAGAGAGCUGUAACUUUGAGCUCCAUGUGGGGCAUCACAGUGGCCGGGUAGGAACUAAACAAAUGAGGACAUCAACAGUGGCGGACAAGUGAAGUUCCCUGAACCGGCCAGGACAGGCUGAGAAAGAAAUGCAUGGGGCAGUGUGGUAGGCUUCUAGCUGGGGCCUGGACUCACUUCUCCCUGCUCCUGACCUUCCCUCAUUCGUGGUGGCUCUCUCUACGAAGGACCAAAAAGCACUGCCUUUCUGACAUCCUGGGGGUCUUCUGGAUAUAGAAUAAGAUCGCCACUCGGUUCCUCGACUUCCAUUUACUCAGCAAACAUUUCGGAGGCUCCUCUGCCCUGCGGCCUCCACCCCGUCCAGGGUAGCCCCUCAGCCCAGUUCAGAUCCCCCUCCAGGCUCCAGAUUGCUCUUCCAGGCCCCGCAGGGAAAGGCCCACCCGCAGGUGGAAAAUACGUCCCGCGGGGGCUGGGCCUGUCUCUUCCCGGAAGUGGCUUCCGCCUCCAAGGGGAGGGACUCCUUAGGCGGGCUCCGCAGCUACGGGGACGAAAGCUCCGCUUCUAGCUCCCGCCGCAGACUCCGCCUCCUUCCGGAGGAGGUCGGCGGUGCGGGGAGCCGGACCCGGGCUCGGAACCCGGGGGCUGGGGAGGAGAUGGGAUUUAUCUCGCCCGCCCUCCGGUCUCCGAAGGCUUGUCUCGCGGAACUAGGAGGAACCACCGAGAUGUGGGGUCCUCCAAAAUUACUAGAG